CAUAUUUUCUUCUUCUUUCAUUCUUCUUAAUUUUCUCACUGGCCACUGCCCGUCGCCUCCGUGGAUUUGCGGAUGGACCGCCUUACGUUAUUGUUUUCAUUUUUAUUAACACUUCAUGUAUCGGCAUCAGGAGUAAUUCCAACUACAUUCACAAUAGUUAACAAAUGCGACUACACGGUGUGGCCAGGCAUUCUAUCCAACGCUGGAGUUACGCCUCUUUCAAUCACCGGUUUCGUUCUGCAGACGGGAGAGUCUAAGACGAUCUCUGCACCCACCUCUUGGGGAGGCCGCUUCUGGGGUCGGACUCUCUGCUCCCAGGACACCAGCGGCAAGUUCUCGUGCGUAACCGGGGAUUGCGGCUCGGGCACGCUGGAAUGCGCCGGCAAUGGGGCCGCACCGCCGGCCACGCUGGCAGAAUUCACUCUGAACGGUGAUGGCGGCCUGGAUUUCUUCGACGUCAGCCUGGUAGACGGUUACAACGUGCCUAUGCUGGUGGUCCCUCAAGGGGGUUCGGGCGACAACUGCUCCAGCACGGGCUGCGUGGGGGAUCUGAAUGGCGCGUGUCCGUCAGAGCUCAAGGUUGCGAGCGUGGAUGGGAAACAAGGGGUGGCGUGCAAGAGCGCCUGCGAGGCAUUCGGCUCCCCGCAGUAUUGCUGCAGCGGGGCGUAUGCGACGCCAGAUACCUGCAGGCCAUCCGCCUACUCGGAGAUAUUCAAAAGCGCCUGCCCACGCGCCUACAGCUACGCGUAUGACGAUAAGACGAGCACAUUUACGUGCGCCUCCGCAGAUUAUACCAUAACGUUUUGUCCGACACCUAACACCAGUCAGAAAGCAUCGGAAGGAGGGGAAGACACGAGGAGCACACCCGCAUCACCAAGGAACAGCACGAUUGUGUAUGAAGGAGCUGCUGCUCAGAGCGAAAUAUCAGGGGGGACCCACUUGUCCAAAUUCGGGCCUAUUGCUCGCGUGGCAAUGACCGUUUGGCUUUUCAGCCUCCUGCUCCUACUGCACUGACUUCCACGUCUUCCACGACCCUCCCCAGCUGCCGGGCCCAGCGCUGGCCCGCAGCUGACGAGGACGUGACACAUCCGUUCUCACCCUCCGACUCUCAUUGGCGCCGACACCGUGAAGGCGGACUUCGGUGGUGGCAGUUGGCCAGUUGAAAAAGAACGACAAAAGAAAGUAGGCGAUGUAGGCAGAGAGGCUAAUGAACCGGUUUUUUUCCCCCUCCCUAUUAUAUGGUUUAGAAUUAUUUUGGAUUGGGGCGAUGGGAUUCCUUUAUAGUAGUUUAUAACAGUGUAGGAGGACCUUAGUACUACUUGAAUAAUUAUAAUUUACGAA